AUGUCGCCAUCUCAGGAACCAAGCAGUCCCCCGGCAAUCAAAAAAGUCACCCUCCUAGGCGCCAACGGCAAACUCGGCCUCGCAGUCCUCCACGCCCUCCUCUCUGCCAACUUCACCGUCCAGAUCCUCAAACGCUCUUCCUCCACCACCCCGGACGACUUCGGCCCAAACAUCCCGGUCCACAAGAUCUCCGAUGAAUUCACAAUCUCGGACCUUGUCCCCGUGCUCCGUGGCCAAGACGCCCUAGUCGCCACGAUUAAAGGCAGUCAAGUCGAGAUCCAGCGACGGUUGGCAGAUGCUUGUGUGCAAGCGGGCGUAUACAGAUUCAUCCCUGCCGAUUUCGGAAGCUGUGAUAGUUCUUCCGCUUUGACGCAGAAUCUCGUGCCGUUGUACAAGCGGAAGACGGAGUUGAGGGAGUAUUUGCAAGGGCUUGCGAGGGAGAAGGGGAACGAGGGGAAGUUUACGUGGACGAGUGUGGCAUCGUUCAUUCAUGUCUGGCCGGGGGAGCGGAGGGCGGAUGUCCUCAGCGAUCCGGAAGAUGUGAAGGUGGCGGGGAAGUGGAGGGCUUCGUUUUCCACUCUUGCUCGUGUGGGGGAGGCGACGGCACGGCUUUUGUUGUAUCCGGAUGUAGGAAUUAAUCAGAUGGUUUUCGUGCAGUCGUUUUGUUUGACGCAGAAGGAGGUUGUGGAGGCGUUUCAGAGGGUUUCCGGAAGGGAGUGGGAUGUGAGGAUUUUGGAUUCGGAAAGUUUCAGGAAGGAGGAAGAGAGGAAGAGGGACGAGGGGGGUAAGCAGGCGGUUGAGGAGUUGGUGUGGUGGUUGGGGACUGUGGAUGCCGAGUGGACUAAGCGAGGGGAUUUCGUGAAUGGGGCGUUGAGGUUGGAGGAUGAGGGGUUGGAUGAUGUGGUCAAGCGGGUGCUGAAGGAGGAUGAGGAGGAGAGGAAGAAUGGUGGGAAGUGA